AGGGCGUGGAGAGGAUUUCUUCUCAUACAGAGCCUGGUAUUAGGCUAUAGCCUUCAGUAAGGCCAAAGUCGUAGAGGAGAUGGCAUCUGAUCAAGAGAGCAGUGUUGUGGAGGCUGUCUCCGGUGCCCAAAUUAUUGCAGAAGCUUUGGUAGCGCAAAAUGUCAAGUAUAUGUUUGGUAUUGUCGGUAUUCCAGUGAUUGAAGUCGCUAUCGCUGCUCAAGCUGCCGGAAUUAAGUACAUAGGCAUGAGAAAUGAACAGGCUGCUUGUUAUGCUGCAUCUGCUGUAGGAUAUCUAACUGGCAGACCUGGUGUUUGUCUUGUUGUCUCUGGACCAGGCCUCAUCAAUGCGCUCAGUGGCAUGGCUAAUUCCAAUAUGAACUGCUGGCCACUGAUUGUGUUGGCAGGAUCUUCUGAUACAAAUCAAGAAAUAAUGGGUGCUUUUCAAGAGUUUCCACAGGUUGAAACCUGUAGACUGUACAGCAAAUUCUCCGCCAGGCCCAGUAGUUUAGAAGCUAUUCCAGUUGUCAUUGAAAAGGCUGUACGAAGCAGUAUUUAUGGCCGACCUGGUGCUUGUUAUGUGGACAUUCCUGGAGACUACGUUAACAAGAUGGUUAAUAGAAAUGAUGUCAGGUAUACUGAAUGCUGUUUGCCACCACCCCUCAGCCUGGCCGAUACGUCAGCAGUACACAAAGCAUUGUCUGUGCUGAAGAAUGCUAGCCAACCUCUGCUAAUAAUAGGCAAAGGUGCUGCCCAUUCUCGUGCUGAAAAGAGUAUACAACAAUUAGUGGAGCAAUGUGGACUUCCAUUUCUGCCUACCCCAAUGGGAAAGGGAGUUGUUGCUGACAACCAUCCAAAUUGUGUAGCAGCAGCUCGAUCCAGUGCAUUGCUGCACGCGGAUGUUAUAGUGCUGCUGGGUGCCAGGCUGAACUGGAUUUUGCACUUUGGACUCCCACCAAGGUUCCGAGCAGAUGUAAAGAUUAUACAGGUUGACAUUUGUGCAGAGGAGCUUGGGAAUAAUGUCAGACCUGCAGCAACGCUCCUUGGAGAUAUUGAUGCAGUGACACAGCAGCUUUUAGAGCAUCUGAGUAGGACGUCCUGGAAGCACCCAGCUAACAGCAACUGGUGGAAAAAUCUCAGGGCAAAGAUCAGACAAAAUGAGGAAAACUCAAAGGUUUUAGCAUCACAGACAUCGCUACCUAUGAACUAUUAUACAGUUUUCUAUAAAAUCAAAGAAUUACUACCUAACAACUGCAUCAUUGUGAGUGAAGGAGCUAAUACAAUGGACAUUGGCCGCACUGUACUACAGAACUAUUAUCCACGCCACAGGCUUGAUGCUGGCACCUUUGGGACCAUGGGAGUAGGCUUGGGAUUUGCUAUAGCAGCUGCAAUGGUAACAAAGGAGCAGAACCCAGAGCAGAAAGUGAUAUGUGUGGAGGGUGACAGCGCUUUUGGCUUUUCUGGCAUGGAAGUGGAAACCAUAUGCAGAUAUAACCUGCCUAUUAUUAUCAUUGUUGUGAACAACAAUGGAAUCUAUAGUGGAUUUGAUGAACAGUCUUGGAAAGAUAUGUUGGAAGCUGGAGAUCCUGCUUCUAUCGCACCUCCUCUUUCUCUUAAACCAAAUGCUCGAUAUGAACAGGUUAUGACAGCGUUUGGAGGCAAAGGCUAUUUUGUCCGCACUCCUGAAGAGUUACAAUCUUCUUUAAAAUCCAGUUUGGCAGAAAAGAAUGUGCCCUCUCUUAUUAAUGUCAUGAUUGACCCUCAGUCUGACAGGAAGAAGCAGGAAUUCCACUGGCUGACUCGUUCUAAUCUAUAAAUGACAAUUUCCAUUUUAUUGCUUCUGAAAUUAUGAAACCCAUCAAUGCACAAAUUUCAUUUGGAAAGAGCUCAGUUUACACUGGACAUCAAUAAUUUACAAAUUCAAGCUGCUUUUUAAAAUUAUUAAAUAGUUUAAAAUAAUAAACUAUCUGCAGUUAUAAAGAAUGUGAGAGCCUUUUAUCUUCUAAGUAGUUUUUUUCAAAAUGAAUUCAUCCUCUUACCUUAAGAAUGAAUUAAUAUAAGGGGUUCUAUAUUAUUUUUAUCAGCUAGUAAGUUAAAACAUAUACUUUUCAGUUGCCGAUGGACAGGUUCUCUGCUUGAGAACUUGUCCCAUGCAAUUGUCCUGUUAGACAUGCUAGUAUCAGUCUGAAUAUAAUGGUGAUAAAGAAAAGAGGCCAUCCUGCCUCCAGGUCCAUGUGUUUUUAUAUAUUGUCACCACUGGGUUUGCUAUGUUAUGCAGAGCCACCACUGAUUUGCUAUGUUAUGCAGAGCAACCACUGGCUUGCUGUGUUAUGCAGAGCCACCACUGGCUUGCUGUGUUAUGCAGAGCCAGCACUGGUUUGCUAUGUUAUGCAGAGCCACCACUUUGGUACGUUAUGAAGAAAUUAACCAUUAUAGCUAUUAUAGUUAUAUUAAAUCAGAUUAGUAGUCAAGAAUUUGUUGUGAUAAAGGGAAUUUAUUUUCUUUAUCUUUAUAGAAAAAAAUAGUUAUCUAUAGUUGCUUACUACAUCACUAGAACAUUCUGUUUAGAAUCAGUAAUGGUAGGGUAUAUGAAUUAUUCGGUGAGGAGGGGCACAAAAUGUGUAAACAAAAAUACUAGCACCGGCCUUGGUUCAGCUAGCUCUCAGUAGUACAAUGCUGCUCCUUCAAUAAAGGAAACCAAUAGACUAAAGAACAUUUGGUAAUAGACUUAAAGUGGAAAGUUGUUUAAAACUGUACGCUCUAUCUGAAUGAUGAAAGAAAAAAUUGUGUUUCUUGUCCCUUUUAACGUCAUAUGUUCUUAAGUUACUGUUUAAAUUAAAAAAUAUUCUACAUUUUCUAAGUUUAAAAGUGGUUUGACCAAAAAAUUUGAAUUUUUUUUUUAAACACAAGCAAAAAUAUGUAAGCCAUAUUGUCUUCAUUUUUAUUGUAUCAUCUAUGCCUUGACUGGUUAUAGUUUUAAAAUACUGUAAUAGAUCAAAAGUGACACAAAUAACUUUAAAAGUUUCUGCCAUUUAGCUAUUAGUAUCCAUCACUUCCAUCCACAAUAGGUUACCUCAGACUGCUCCCCUCUUACUUACCUCCUGGACCACUAGAUGGCAGCACAUUUAUCAAAGGGCCUUUGUGAAAUUGGUUGAACUCUUUGGUAACCUGUGUUUAGGAGAGCUUUGGUUAAUUUUUUUAAAAUUUUGCUAUGAAUUUAAUUAAAUGUAAUACCUGACAUCUUUUUAUGUAAUUCUGGGGAAAUAUUUUUUUUUUUAUAUGUGUCUAAUUUUCUUUGGGCAUAUUUUAAAUGUGUGCUAAUAAAAUCAUAAUGUUUUAUAUAGUUUUUUUUAUAUAUUUUGUAUUUUUAAUUGAAUCAUUAGCAUCUAUAGAAAGUAAACUAAUAAAGAUAAUCUGAGCUUACCACAUAAAUAUGUUGUUAUUUAUAAGCUGUUUUAUACUUCAGAAUAUUCAUAUGUCACUAAAACUAAGAAAGAACGUUCCUUUUUACAGAAUUACCACAUACUAAUAAUCUCUGCUGUUUGAUAUAAUUGUCAGAAAUUGCUGCAUUUUGUUAGAAUUGCUGCAUUUUAGCUUGUAAUACCACAUAGAAAUAUGAUGAACAGAGUUCUAAAUUAAUGUCAAAUGUUUGAGUCUUUAAUAUACUAUUAAUUACAAAAAUAAACAUUGAUAUGUAAUCUA